AUGCCAGCGGCAUCGGCGACCCGUCCUGGCGACGCGUGGCGGCGGGCGGGGCGGGCGGAGGAGCUGGUGGCGGGGCUGGCGGCGGGCGACGCGAAGGUGCGGCUGCGCGCGGUGCGCGACGUGAAGAACGCCGCCAUCGGCAGCCGCACGCGCAAGCUCGCUUUCAUCCGCCUGCGAGCCGUGCCCAGGUGCGUCGCUCUUCCCGGCGCGCCUCCCUCCUCCGCGAACCCCACUCCUCCGCGCGUCGCGCCGCCCUCUUUCCCGCGCCUCCUUCCCUGCCCCCUCGCUCCCCCAAAACCACGGCUGCGCGCUGCAUGCGGCCUUUCUUCGUACCACCGCCCCGCCGCGCGCCCUUCUGUUUCCGCGCCCUUCUGUUUCCGCGCCCUUCUGUUUCCGCGCUGUGCUGCUUCCACGCUUUACUGUUUCCGCGCCCUGCUGCUUCCGCGCUCUACUGUUUCCGCGCCCUGCUGCUUCCGCGAUCUACUGUUUCCGCGCCCUGCUGCUUCCCGCAUCUCCGUUCUCUCUCCAUCGGAUUCUCUGAGGGGGCACUGGAUGGGGGAGAGUGGUUUGGGGAGUGGUUUGAUUCAGCUGGUGGCCAUGCUAGAGGGAGCGGACGGAAUGGAAGGGGCGGAGGGAACGGAGGGGGCGGAGGGCGAACAGGGGGCGGAGGGGGCGUGGGGAGCGGAGGAGGUGCAGCAGGCGGCGGCAGCGGUGGGCAGUUUGGCAUGUGGGCUGCCGGAGGGCGUGCUUUCCGUGCUGGCUGCUGGGGCCGUGCUGCCGCUGCUGCGCUGCCUGCUGCACCCGCACACCAAGGUAUGGUGA